AUGCAUGCACGCUCCUCCACUGGGUGUGCACACGUCGUGCCCACGCCUGCUUUAUCACGUCUCGUGCGUCCGUUCAACAAACCCGGUCGUUCAUUCUCUGAUGUAGGAAGUCUUUCUGAUGCCAUCAACAAGCUUAUUUGUGAUGGACGAGGCUGUUUUGUGGCCAUCAGUGAGCCACUGAUGGCUAAGGAGUCCGUCGACAGCGGCCUAUCCAGUGAGCAGUCUCAGACAUCUAGAUCCAACUGCCCUCCACAGCCGUCGCUGCCCUCGCUUCGCCAAUACACCUCAAUUACACAGCCUUCGCGACAACACUCUCAGUUGUUAUCGCCCUCCGCCGAACGGAACCGCACGCAGACGUAUGCCGUCGUGAACUCAGGGGACUAUCGAAUGUCCACAGGUGGUGGAAUAAAUCCUGGUAACAGCAACAAUGGCCAGCAUCCUCCCUCAAGCACUACUGCAGUCUCUACGACGCUUUUUCCGCGUUUUCCGUCUCAGAUACAGCAGGCACCUCCGAGGGUGCAUUUCGGAGACCCAAAGGGACGACCACGGUUCCGCCAUCCGUCGGAAUCCGCCCGUGUACGAGAACCACCGCCAUUUGUUCGAAGUUUCUCUUCAAAGGCCUUCGACAUCUCCGACGGUUUGUCUCCUUCUUCUGUACCACAUCCUUCAAGUCCCCAACAUGAGCUUGUUUACCACCACCGUGAUACACUGCUGGAUAAAGGAAUACAGUGCGAGCCAGAGACAGGAGUUUCUCAACAAACAAAAACCCACUCAAAUCCCCUUUUAUCAGCACUACUGGCAGCAGCUAAUGCUACGGUUAAUUGUCCUCCAGGAUCAUCGGAAUUGGAUCCUGCUCUUAGAAGGAAGCCACAAUUUCGAGCCGGUGCUCUCCCUUACUGGUCGGAUUCUGAGGUCAAUGCCUACGACUCUCUGGAUGCAUUCAACGCUGCUCCCCAAAACUGUCUUGGAAUGGUUGGUGGAAGCAAAGCGUAUCCGUCAGCCAGCGUUGUUGCCGCAGCUGCCACAGCAGCUGCGAUGGCCUUGGCAGCUGUACAGUCCACCUCAAGAGGACCUGCCGCAAAGUCACUGGAACCGCCCAUGGGCGCUCCUAUGGCAAGAGGCAGCCUCCAUUUGGAGGAUUUGACUUCCGAAGCGGCCAUUAUGCGGAGCUUGACUGGCCAAUUAGCAGACACCUCCUUGUAUCCACGACUCCCCACAAGUGUGGAUCAAAGGAAAUCUGUAAAUUUUGAUGCAGCCUCCUUACAGAAACCGGAUAUUUAUGGCAAUGCCGGCGUAGAUAUAACCCAUUACACUUCACAAGCACCCUCAUCUACUUCACUAUUGGAUACAAACAAUCAGAGAAUAAAUAUUGGAUCUCACUAUUGUAAGUUUAUAGUCGCCCAAUGUAGAUAUCUAUGUUGGCAUAUUCUAUAUGCCAUAAAUGUUUUGUAG